AUGGAAGAUUCCCAGCUACCGUUGGUCCGGUCGGCAAGUGGUGCAUGCGACGCAUGGUCAAGGUUGGAAGACCACUUCGAGAAGAAGAGUCUUGCCAACAAGCUGUUCUUGCGCCGUCGCUUCUUCACGACAAUGAUGGAAGAAGGCGACGAUGUGCUCGAACACAUCAACAAGCUCAAGACGCUGGCGGAACAGCUAGAAGCGGUGGGGGCUCCAGUCUGCGAGGACGAUCUGGUGAUCACACUCCUCGGCAGCCUGAGUGACUCGUAUCAAUUCUUGAUCACAGCUUUGGAGUCGCGCUCAGACACUCUUAGCUGGGAGCUCGUGACGUCUCGACUGCUUCAUGAAGAAAUGAAGCGGAAGGAGCAAGGAAGUAAAGGUGAUGAAGCUUCGCAAGGUCAAGCGUUCAUCACAAGGGACAAUCAGCGCAAAGGGCGACCAGUGAAGAAGUCCUGGCCGUGCCACAAUUGCGGAAAGAUUGGUCACUGGAUGGCGGAGUGCCCCUCGCGCAUCCAAGAAAACACGGAGAGACACCGGCCACAGCGUGCUCAAGACAGCGGCGACCGCUAUCGAUCACAACGUGCAAACGUCGCUCAAGAAGAAGACUCGGGCGACUACCUCUUUUCGAUCGGUGAAACGACAUCUGCGAAAUCGAGCGACAUCUGGCUGGUCGACUCCGGGGCGACGCAGCACAUGACGUGCUCCAAGAAGUUCAUGCGGAACUACAAGGGGUUUGACGCUGUGGAUGUCCAUCUCGCGGAUGACGGAAUCGUCCAAGCAAUCGGCAGUGGGGACAUUGUCAUGUCGAUGAAGACACCCCCAAGGGAUGAAGAAAGAAACCUGUUCUCGGUCGGCCGCUUCACCAAGGAUGUCGGCCCAGUGACGUUCACGAAGGAUGGGUGCUAUGGAGAAGCGAAAGGGACCAAGUGGAAAAUUGGUGCCCGUGAAGGUAAAGGACUGUUCAAGCUGCAAAUGACUCCAGUGGCGCCGGAACAAGCAAAUGCAGCCAAGUCGUCGGGAUGUCAAGGGGGCACCAAGUCGUACCUCUGGCACCUUCGGCUUGGCCACAUAGGUCACGAUGGACUCAAUUGCAUCGUGACGAAGAACAUUGGAAUUGGCAUCGACAUAUCUUCGGUGAAGAAGUGGGACGUGUGUGAAGGUUGUGCUCUGGGAAAACAGACUCGAGUGCGCUUCCAAUCAAACACUACAGCUCGCACCUCCAAACUCCUCGAAGUGAUUCACAGCGACGUAUGCGGACCGAUGUCGAUGGCAACUUUCAGUGGAAAACGGUACUUCGUGACAUUCAUUGAUGACAAGUCAAGAUACUGUGUCGUCUAUCUGCUCAAGAGCAAAUCUGAAGUUGCGGCGAAGUUCAUGGAAUACGCUGCGAUGGCCGAAACGCAAACCGGAAAGCGCGUGAAGUACCUUCAAAGCGACAAUGGGGGUGAAUACAAGUCCGACAAGCUGGCACGAUUCUGCGCGGAACGGGGGAAUACAACAAGGUUCACACCCCCCAUAUACUCCUCAGCUAAACGGAGUAAGCUGAGAGAAUGA